AUGGGUUCUCGUCGCCGUCGUAACUCCAAACCGGUCGAAUUCUCCCCACAACACCAGCGCGCAAUCAACGAGCACCUCUCCAUCACUCGCAAUCAACCGCACCGACACUACGCACACGUUCCGUGCAAGUUCUUUCGCCAGAAUGCCUGCCAAGCAGGUAAUUCCUGCCCCUUCUCCCACUCGCUCGAUGUCCAAACAGCAGACCAAAGGCCCUGUGAGUACUACAGGCGAGGCCACUGCAAGUUUGGGGAACGUUGCGCGAAUGCACACAUCCCACCAGAUCAAAACAAGAUUACACCUGCUCAGGACGACUACGACGACGACGUUUUCCCAAGCGAAGAGUACUACAUACCACAGGAAGUAAGCGAACUGCUUACCCCUGAGGAGCGUCGCAGGCGGCGUUCAUCUGGGGCUUCAUCCGGUACUUCUUCGUUGUCGUUGUCUUCAGCAUCUUCCUUAUCUGCGUCGCUGUCGCUCGCUCCAGUUCGGGGCUCGCCAUGGUCGCCCAAGAUGCGGCUCGACCCAACAUUGUGGAAUGAUGCACAGGGCACGCUCGAGCCAUACCUGCAGCCGCAGGUAUGGUAUGGGGGGUUUUCUACAUCUUGGGCAGAUGAAGGCAAAUCCCCCCACCCCCAGGAGUCUUACAAUGGAGUUUUUCUAAAUUAG